ACUGCACCAAAACAUACCCUUGCCUUGCAAAGCUGAAGUCGAGAGAGAGAGAGAAGGGUUUUGGGUUUAGAAAUGGCGUCUAGAGGAGGAGGAAGCGGAGGAGCAAUGAUGAGAGCGGCGGAGAUAGAUAAGAUGAGCGUGGAACAGCUAAAGGCACUGAAAGAGCAAGCCGAUCUGGAAGUCAAUCUCCUCCAAGACAGCCUCAACAACAUCCGCACCGCCACCGCUCGCCUCGACAUCGCCUCCACCUCCCUCCACGACCUCUCCCUCCGCCCCCAAGGUAAGAAAAUGCUGGUGCCACUUACGGCGUCGUUGUACGUUCCUGGCACGCUCGAUGAUGCUGAUAAAGUUCUCGUCGAUGUCGGCACUGGAUACUUCAUUGAGAAAACAAUGGCAGAAGGAAAAGAUUAUUGUGAGCGUAAAAUCAACUUGCUGAAGUCUAAUUAUGACCAACUUGUUGAGGUUGCAACUAAGAAGAAGAACAUAGCAGAUGAAGUUGGAGUCAUCUUACAAGCUAAAUUGAAGCAAUUGGCUCCAACACCAUAGAGUUUAUGUUCUUGUUGUAAAAUCAGUACUUGAUAUUGAAUCUGGAAGCCUUGUGUUAAACUAGUUUUUGAAACCACAAAAUACAUAAUCUUUAGUUUUGCUCUCCCCUAGAAGAAAUGUGCUCAAGCUGGGCCAGUUGAAUUUUGUAUUGCUUUUUUGUUUUGUUAUGUUAUGUUAUGUUAUGUUACUAAUGGUUGAAGUACCUGGAGUGGAGAGAUAUUCCAUUCUUGUGCUUGCACAUAAAUGAAUUAUAGAAUCGGACACAUCUUUGUCACAUAGGUAUAGGACCUAU